AUGAAGACUUUUCUCCAAGCACUUGAUCUGUGGAGUGCAGUUGAGAAUGAUGUCGAGCCACCACCAUUGAGAGCAAAUCCAACCAUUGCUCAGAUCAGGCAGCAUGGUGAGGAGCGAGCCAAGAAGCAUAAAGCCAUGGCCUGCCUACAAAAUAGAGUGUCUGAUGUGAUUUUUACUCACAUCAUGGCCUGUGAUUCACCCAAACAAGCAUGGGAUAGGCUAAAAGAGGAGUUCAUGGGAUCAGACAAGACAAGGCAGCAACAAGUAAUUAAUCUUAGAAGGGAGUUUGAAAAUUUGAAGAUGAAGGAGUCAGAAACUAUCAAGCAAUAUUCUGAUAGGAUUAUGACUACUGUCAAUAAUAUCAGACUCCUUGGAGAAGAUUUCAGUGACAGCAGGGUUGUUGAGAAGGUUAUUACCACCUUACCUGAAAGAGAAGAGCAAGUAGGUAGGAGGAGAGUUCUGAAGGUGCUUUUCAAGCAAAGGUCAAAGAAGGCUUUAGCUCAAGUCAGAAAGCUAAGAAGCCUUGGUUUGAAAAAAGGGAAAGAUCAAAGAAAGAUGCUGUAUGGUCACCAUGAAAAGAUUUGUAGAAAUCAAGAAAAGGCACAAACUCUGCCAGUACAAGCCAAGACUGCUGAGGAUCUUCAAGCUCAGGAGGAGCAUGUCUUCACUGCCUCAUGUUCUGCAACCACAAGCAAAUCCAAAUGCAGUUGGCUUGUGGAUAGUGGCUGCUCACAUCACAUGGAAUCAGAUGAGAGCCUAUUCAAGGACCUUGACAAGAGUUAUACUUCAAAGGUCAAGAUAGGCAAUGGGAAUCUGAUUGAAGCUAAAGGCAGAGGUGAUGUUGUGAUCAACACUGGUUCAGUUUUCAAGAAUGAUUCUUGUGUUAUUAAUGAUGUUCUUGGUAGAGAAGUUGUUUUAGCACCCAUGGCAGAUAGUUGUUUCAUGCUGGAUGUGAGCCAACUUGAGAGAAGAGCCUAUACAAGUUCAGUUGACAAUGCUGAUCUGUGGCAUAGAAGAUUUGGCCAUGUCAAUUUCAGGUCACUCAAUUUGCUGCACAAGAUGAGUUUGAUAGAGGACAUGAUUAAGGUUGAUGCAAAUGAGUCUGUUUGUGAAGAUGGGAUUCAUCAUCAGUUAACCACAGUGUACACUCCUCAGCAAAAUGGAGUGUGUAAGAGAAAGAACAGAACAGUGAUGAACAUGACCAGGUGUUUGUUGUUUCAAAGCAAGCUUUCAAGCAUUUUUUGGGCUGAAGGUGUCAACACCUCAGUGUACCUACUCAAUAGGCUGCCAACACAUGCUGUGAAGGAUAAAACUCCUUUUGAAGCAUGGUAUGAUUUUAAACCAACUGUUUCUCAUUUAAAAGUGUUUGGUUGCAUGUGUUUUGUACUUGUCCCUGCAGAAAGAAGAACCAAGCUUGAGAAAAGGUCAGUUCCAGGCAUUUUUAUUGGUUACAGUAGCAGCAAGAAGGGCUACAGAGUAUUUGAUCCCUCAACCAAUAAGGUUUUGGUAAGCAGAGAUGUCAAAAUCGAUGAAGGAAGGUUUUGGAGUCUAGAUGGCUCUAACACAAGUCAAUUUGAAGAAGAGCAAGUUGACAGCAAUCUGGAAUUGGCAGAAAGUGAAGUCAGUAAUGCCAAUGUUGAUGAUGCUCCUGUGAGAGGGACCAGGUCUAUUGCUGAUAUCUACUAG